AUGAAUGAGAAGAAACUAAAUUAAGACCAGUGUGUUUCAAUUAUUUAUAAAAUCAUAGAUGCUUUGGCUUAUAUUCAUUCAAAAGGCAUUAUACAUAGAGAUUUAAAACCUGAAAAUUUAAUAUUUCGUUAUGCAUAAAACAUAGAAGAUAUUGUAAUAGCUGAUUUUGGAUUGGCAGACUUUUAUAGAAAAGAUGGACAAUACCUAUUUGCUAGAUGUGGAACAGCAGGAUAUUUAGCACCAGAACUUAUUAUGAAUAAAAUAUAUGACUAUAAAGUAGAUGUCUAUAGUGUUGGUAUAGUAUUUUAUAUGUUAAUUAAUGGAGGAAAGUCUCCAUUUGAAAAGAUUGAUUAUGCAACUUAAUUAUAAUAAAAUAUGUUAAGCAAUAUAGAUUUGAAGAAAUUAAUCAUUACAAAUGAUUGUUAAGAUUUAUUAUCAAAAAUGAUAGAUUCAAAUCCUUAAAGUAGAAUAACAUCUUAAUAAGCAAAGAUACAUUUAUUAUUUCAUAAAUAGCAUGAAAAAAUUGAAAUAUCAACAGCAAGAUUGCCAAAAUCACUUACGAUAUCAUUAAUCGAUACUCCAAAGAUCUAAUCUAUUUAAUCAAGUCGUUAAAAAAAAUAAAGUUUCGUUUAGAUAUCUCAAAGUGCCAAAAAUUCUCCUAUUGAAAUAAAAAAAAUAUAAGGUUAAUAAAACUUUUCAAACGCAAAAUAAAAGUAAUAACAAUGA